UCUGGAUUUUCCUAUUUGCUAAAAUCGAAAUCGUUCCCGAUCGAUCUGAAAAUUGAAUUCUCGAAUCGUAAAGUCUGCCCUAAUCCUAAAAUUGAAGAUAUAGAUCUCGCGUUUGAUCCAUCAGGUUUGCUUCUUCUUCGGCUACUACACAUCUCAGCGAUUAUGAUGUCUUCGUGCUUUAAGUUAGGGUUUCCGCUUCUUCUUGAUCUUCGUCAUCCUGUUCACGUUGAAGCUCGGCUUUCACAAACAUUGUUCGUGAAUUCACGUUUUUCCCGCUGCUAGAGAUCUCUUCUUUAGUUUUCUUUUGUUGUUAUUUAGGGUUGUAUAGUAUAUGUAUAAACGCACGGUUAUGAAAUCAUCAAAAAGCCUUUGUUUGAGUUUCGAUCUGCGAGUGGAAACUCCGAAGAUCGUCGUCUAUGGCUAGUUUGGAACAUUAGGUUGUUUAUGGCAAUUGGAGUCAGAUUUAUUGGGUAUUUCUGGCGAUUGGGAUGUUGUUGAUGUGUGUCAGCUCCUGAAAAUUGCCAUAUGUAUCAUCAUGGAUAGAAGAAGCAACAAUGUUGGACUCCGUGAUUCAGUCUUCUAAAAUUUGUAUGUUUCUCCGUGUUUAGUAUGAAUCAUAAAGCGCCGAGGAAAGGAAGGAAUUUUGGAGUGGUCAGACAACAAGAUUUUGCUGUAGAUAUAGUUCCAAGAAGUCCCAGUGUCCCUUAUGACAAGAGAGUGAGGAAAGGUCCAUACAAUGGAUCAAGGAAUUUGGUUUGGACUUCCAAAGAGUUCCAAACAUCACAAGGCAACAGGCCAAGGAAGAAUGGCCCAUAUGGGUCGAUGAACUCACCAGUUUCAAGCACUGAAUACCGUGUGUCAAACCAGCCACGUAAGAAUGACGCCUAUAAGCCAAUGAACUCACCAGUUUCAAGCAGUGGAUAUCGUGUGUCAAACCAGCCUAGGAAGAAUGAAGCCUAUAAGCCAAUGAUCUCACCAGUUUCAGGCACUGGAUAUCGUGUGUCAGACCAGCCUAGGAAUAAUGGUUUUUAUGGGUCAAGGAGCUCGACUAUUUCAGGCUCCAGAGUUUGGACGUCGGAAGAUAAUGGCAGUCCCAAGUCUAGGGAAAGUGUAUGCAAGUAUUGGAAAGCUGGAAACUGCAAGAAGAGUGAGCAAUGUGAGUUCUUACACUCUUGGUGUUGUUUUCCUGGCUUGGUGAUGGUAGCUACCCUUGAAGGACACAAAAAGGAUAUAAAGGGGAUUGCCCUACCUCAAGGCUCUGACAAACUCUACUCAUUCAGUGGUGAUGGUGUUUUGAGAAUAUGGGACUGCCAUACUGGUCAGUCUGUGCAUGAGAUCAACCUCCAGGCAGAAGCAGGGUCUCUAAUUAGUGAAGGCCCAUGGGUUUUCCUUGGCUUGCCAAAUGCUGUAAAGGCUUUUAAUGUUCAGACCCGUGAAGAUUUGCAUUUAAAUGGUUCGGUUGGAGGUCAGGUGAAUGCAAUGGCUGUUGGACACGGAAUGCUUUGUGCUGGGACGAGUUCUGGUAGUAUAUCAGUCUGGAAAGUUACCGACACUGAGUCUGAUCCUUUCAAAUACCUCACAUCUCUCGAGGGACAUAGUGGUGAAGUCAAGUGUUUUGUUGUUGGAGGUCAGAGGCUAUACUCUGGUUCUGUGGAUAAAACCAUUAAGGUGUGGGAUCUCGACACAUUGCAAUGUGUAAUGACAUUGAGGCAGCAUAGCAACACUGUCACGUCGCUUUUAUGUUGGGAUCAAUAUCUGUUAUCUUCUUCACUGGAUGGGACCAUAAAAGUCUGGGGCUCUUCAGAAAGUCCCAACUUGAAAGUUAUCCAUACACGCAGCCAAGAACAAAGUGUGCACGCUCUUUGUGGAUUGCACGAUGCAGAGGCUAGGCCGAUUAUAUUCUGCUCUUACCAAAACGGAACAGUUGGCAUAUAUGAUCUACCAUCUUUUGAAGAAAGAGGAAAGAUGUUUUCAACGCAUACGAUGGGGACACUUACAAUUGGUCCUGAAGGACUGUUAUUCAGUGGAGACAUGGGUGGGAAAGUGCGUGUAUGGAGCUUAGGUGGGAGCAAAGAGUAGAAAACUAGAAAUCUUCGUUCGACCAACUUUUUUGUUGUUGCUUUGGUCGACUAGAAUAUUGAUUAUAACAUAAUGUACACUGACGAUGGUAAAACGAUUACCACCGCUUUAUGAGUUAAGAAAAGUUAAUUUCAUUGUAAAUUUUAACUGUAGUAGAUCGAAUGCUAAUAUAUAAACUUGGAACAUAGAAACAUCAACUAUCAUAAAGGAACGAGCUUUUGAUUA